CGGCGACCAGUGCACAAACAUCCGCUCCACUCUGACUGUGCGCUCGUCCAUCAUCUCCGCGCUUCAAACCCUCUCAAACGCCUAAACGCUCGUUGACCUGUUGACUCUUGGCCAGCCAUCAUGACGAUGCUAGUGACGCGUGUUGCGUCGCUGGGUUUGCUGAUGCUGUGUGUGGCUUGCCUGCAGGCAAGCACAAACCCCACGCAUGCACUGGCCUCGAGCACGACAAAUGUGAAAACGAAACGCCUCAGUGGAACAUUGUGCUCGCCCGAUUCUUCUGCGGACAGCGACGCGAUCGCAUCGCCCACUGCAUCCAUCUUGCACGUUGGCUGUUCUGCGCACAGCACGCUGUGCCGGGAGGCCAAGGCUGAGCUGCGGCAACUGCUGCAACUCGUUCACCGUGCCCCACACGUUCACAACACGACUGACGACGACGACAAGAGUGGCAACAGGACUAACAGGACAGGCGACAGGGCGUCUGACCCACUCCAACCGCAAGCAACUACCACCGCGCUGGAACGUGCACUCACCUUCUUCUGUGACAGCGGCAGCGGGGAGGCUGACCCAGAUGAGCUUCAUCCUGUCAAAGAACAGCAAGAUCGCCAAGAUCAAAACGUUGCACGACGGCCGCUUGCCAAGGUUAAUGCGCCAAGGAACGGUGACUUCUUCCAUGAAUCCGAAACAGACCCUCCGCUGUCACCGCCACCUGGCGUCCAGAAACAGCGAUCCAGGAGCCGCCGGAACGAAGAGGAUGUGGACCACGCCAUGUGCACGUUGUCCAGCCUGCUUGCUCUCAACUGCAGCUCGCCUCCCACCGCUGUUCCGACCCCAAUGUUGGAAGUUAUUGUGGAUGCUGAUGAAGAGCUGGGCGCCCUCACCACGCAGCCGGACCUCGAUUUCAACACCACCAUCGCCGCAGAAGAGUAUGUGCGGCAGAGCACAGCAAGUUGGCAGCCACGAACUCUCGUUGUGAGCGGGCUGGUGUAUCUGAAGGACUUGGUGUGGCUGCUCAACAGUGGCACUUGGGGCAAUGCGGCCAACUUCAGGCUGACUGGCCUCAACACGCCCACCCUGUGCCUCAACAUCUUCAACCCCUUGCGGAGUGUUCGUAACAUUCGCAUCUCGGACGGUCACGUUAUCCAUCUCGCCCAAACGUGCAGCGAUGAUGAACCAACGUUCCGACUGGGAGUGUUUCUGCAAGAAUUGCGCCUGCAGCGCAUGAACAUUCGCGAUAUCGCAGACAACACAUUUCGCAACAUGCACCUCGUCCACACAUUUGAUUUUCGAGACAACCAGUUGACGGCCUUGAAGAACAGCACUCUGUUUGGGCUUGAACGCCUCAGAGUGCUCCUGCUGCGCGACAACCACAUCAGCUCGAUUGAAGAUGAUGCAUUUUCUGGAAUGACACAGCUCACGCUCAUGAACUUGAUCGAAAACGAUCUGACCCAACUGUCAGAGCGGGUGCUGUUGCCGCUCUCAACGCUGAGUAACUUGCAGUUGAACAACAACCCCAUCAAUAGCUUGGCAGAGAAGACGUUUGCAUGCCAAACGCAACUGCAGACACUUUUCAUUGACGCCUGCAACCUGCAGAAAUUACCGUCUGACGUGUUCCAGAACACAACCAUGCUGGCAGACGUUCGACUGCGGAACAACAAGUUGACCGAGCUUCCACAGGGCAUGCUCUCCAAUUUGCGGCAGCUUCGAAGAUUGGAUGUCAACAACAAUGCCCUGCAUCGCGUUGAUCGCCUCUGGACCGGAACACAGCAUCAGUUGAUCCGCAUUCAGCUUUCCCACAAUCAGCUGACCUUCGUUCAUCCAUCUGUUGUGUCAUCUGCCCCUAAUUUGGUUAUUUUCCUCGCCCGGCACAACGUCCUGACCUCAGCCGUUCUGUCUUCGCUGCAUGACCAUGCGCAGCUGGUUAUUGUGGAUGCCAGCUUCAAUAGCAUCUCGUCCAUUCCAGACGAUGCGCUGCGCAAUAUGACGCGACUUCAACAGUUGUCUCUGACCGACAAUCUUCUCACUGGGUUUCCAGCAAGGAAACUUCCGUCCCUUGUCUCCCUGCGCCUGAGCAACAACCCCCUCACAGCCCAGCCAGAUGUAACUCUUUAUUCUCAACUUGACGAACUGGACUUGACCAACCACCGCAUUCCACACCUGGACGCCACGCCCUUCCUCCAACUGCUUCGUUUGCACCGACUGGAAAUUGCAGCCGCCAAAGAUGUGCCCCCAGCCACUUUGAGCCUGAGCAACACCAUCAAUCUUCAGGACUUGAAUCGACUGGUUGCUGUGGACGUGCGAAACAUCAACGUUGGCCCACUAUUCAACGUGCUGAAGAAUGCGACGGUUUUUGCACUGCGGGAACUGUCUCUUGGCUGGAGUGGCAUGGACGAGACCACGCUGUCACUCAGAGGCAUCUGCCCGAUGCUUCACGACAAUGUCGCCCGCUUCCAGCUGUCCAACACGGCAUUCACGCACGUGCGCCUGUGCGAUGGCGUUGUCUACGACGCCGUCUUCCUCCAAGACAACCUGCAGCUGCAGAGCGUGAGCAGUGUCGGCGGUGUGCAGCAGCUCAACGUGUCCGGGUGUCCACAUCUGCAGCAGCUGCACGUGCCGUCAGCAGAUGUGCUGGACAUCAGUGGCACACGGGUGCCGUUGUUCCGUGGACUUUGCACGUCGCUGGGAACACGCACGUUUGUUGCGCGCAACUGGCAGACUGAGGACUUGACAAACACAGCGCGCUUGCAACAACUGCUGUCGCAGUGUUUGUUAUCCAGUCGUGUGGAUGUGCUGGACCUGAGCGACAAUCCACGUCUUGACCAGCCAGGUGUGGUGGAGGCUGUGGUUUCGAAUGUUGUGGUGUUGGGUGAAGAGGGACAACUGAUAAACGAUGACUUUGCCCGCUUGGUUGGCCGAACUUCGGUUGGGUUGCUGCAGCUAGCCGACGCGCCCACCACGUGCCAACUUCAGUUCCUUGACCUUCGCAUUCGGCAAUCAGGGCAAAUCCGGCACGCGCGUUCCCAAGGGCUGGGCUACUUUUACACGUGCCAGUGCUCGCAAGGGUAUGAAGAUCGCGAUGGGCGCUGUCACUCGACGGCACCCGACGUUACCGCGGCGGUUUUGGGCACGCUCGCUGGUGUGUUGGUGCUGCAAGCUGUUUUUCUCCUUGCUUACCGCACGUACACACGACAACGACGAUUGCAGGCGGACAACGCCUUGAAGGACCAACUGCUCAUGGAACGAAAUGAGGAGGUGAUGGCACUGAAGCGGGCGUGGGAGAUUGAGUACGAUGAGCUGAGACUGGUUGAGCGUGUGGCUGCAGGUGCUUUUGGUGUUGUGUUCAAGGCAGAGUGGGACACGGUGACGGUGGCGGUGAAGGUGUUGCAGCAAGGGGUGAUGAUGUUUGAUGAGAGCACGGUGCUUGAGUUUGAGAAGGAGGUGGAGUUUCUGCAGCGGACACGGCAUCCGAAUGUGGUGCGGUUCUUUGGCGCGGGCACAGAUCCCAACGGCAGCCCGUUCCUGGUGCUGGAGUAUGUUGCUCUGGGGUCACUGAAAGACUUGUUGGGGAAGGAUAUGAAACAGGUGUUGAAGAACGCGAGGAACGAGAGCGCUGAUGGCGGUACAGAUGCAAGCGUGAUUGCAGAGGAUUUUGGUGAGGAGCUGACGUUGGUGAGCACAGGACGCGACAGGAGCGCUGACACGAUAACUGUUUGGGAGUUGAAGCUGCGACUGCUGCGUGACGUUGCGGGUGGCAUGGCCUUCAUCCACAGCCUCGACCAGAUGCACCGAGACCUCAAGAGCGGCAACGUGCUGGUAUCAUCGUCGCUUCGCGCCAAGAUUACGGAUUUCGGAUCCAUUCGCCAGUGCUUCACGCGUGACAGGAACCAGCACAAGCAGCGCACCCGCCUCUCCUCCUCCAGCGAUGCAGACCCCCAAUACACCCAAGAAGCUGGACUGCAGACGAUGACCAGCAUGACGCUGACAGCUGGCGUGGGCACGCCGCUGUACAUGGCACCAGAGGCAUUGACGGGCGACAAGUACAGCUUUGAAGCCGACAUCUUCAGCUUUGGCGUGCUGAUGUGGGAGGUGGCGACGCAGCGUGUGCCCGACUUGAUUGAGCAGGAGAAGGGGAGCGAGUAUCGUGGCCCGAUCCUCGCCACACUCUUCAACUUGAUGGCAGAUGGGAAGCGGCUCACGUUUGACGAUGACGAACAGGAUGCCAUUCCGGAGUGGUUCCAGUCGCUGACGUACAAGUGCAUGGCGCAAGACCCGCGUGAGCGGCCGUCGUUUGGGGAAUUGAAGGACCACCACUUUCCUUAGAUGUGUGCUUGGAUGCUGUGUUUGGA